AGGCCAAGGGAACUCGUGUUUUGAAUUAUAUACAUGGAAUCGGCGGGCACGCAGUGACGCACGUUACCUGUGCAACAUGGGAGGCACCAAACGGGGUUAAACGCCCGAACUAGUUGCUAGGUUGCGGGUUGGACAUAUGGUCCGAUGGCAAACCCAUAAAUUGUUCGGUAAAACGACGUGCGAGUGUCUCCUUAAAACUGAGCCACUGGGCGCGAUCUCUUUCCGUAUUCAACCGUGCGCUCCCCUAGAAAGGCGGAAGGAACGUUGCAACAAUGAAAGGCGUUAGAUGGAUUGUAACAGUAACAGUUUUUGGAACCCUGCUGUACCCCGGAGUUCUCAGCGGACGCUCGGGGGACGACAAUGUCAUCCAGGCCUUCGUUAUCCCUCACAGCCACAUGGAUGUUGGCUGGGUUUACACCGUGGAGGAAAGCAUGCAUGCGUAUGCAGCCAAUGUUUACACCACUAUCGUGGAAGAAUUGGUAAAGAAGAAGCAUCGCAAAUUUAUUGCAGUAGAACAAGAGUUCUUUCGACUUUGGUGGGAUAAGGUUGUCACUGAUGAACAAAAACAGCAGGUGCAUCAGUUGCUGAAGGAGGGGCGUUUGGAGUUUAUCAUUGGAGGCCAAGUCAUGCAUGAUGAAGCAGUAACAGAACUCAGUUCUCAGAUCUUGCAACUUACAGAAGGGCAUGGUUUCCUGUAUGAAACAUUUGGAAAAAGGCCACAGUUUUCCUGGCAUGUUGAUCCCUUUGGGGCCUCGGCCACCACUCCCACAGUGUUUGCUUUGGCCGGUUUUAAUGCUCAUCUUAUCUCCCGCAUUGACUAUGAUGAAAAGGACAUGAUGCAGAAAAAUAAGAAACUCCAGUUUGUGUGGCAAGGUUCUCCAUCCUUGGCAGAGCAGCAGCAGAUCUUCACUCAUACUAUGGACCAAUACAGCUAUUGUGUUCCUGCUUCCCUGCCAUUUUCCAACAGAUCUGGGUUUUUUUGGAAUGGAAUUGCUGUUUUUCCUGACCCACCAAAGGAUGGAAUUUAUCCUAAUAUGAGUCUCCCAGUGACCAGUCAAACAAUUCGAGCCUAUGCUGAGACCAUGGUAGCAAACAUAAAGCAGAGAGCAGCUUGGUUCAAAUCCAAUCAUGUUCUGUGGCCGUGGGGCUGUGACAAGCAGUUUUUUAAUGCCUCCAUGCAAUUUGAGAAUAUGGAUCCAUUAAUGGAUUAUGUCAACCAACAUAGACGUGAAUUUGGAGUUACAGUACAGUAUGCAACAUUGAGUGAAUAUUUUCAGGCGGUUCACAAUGCAAACCUGACUUGGGACACCCGAAAGAGUCGUGACUUUCUUCCUUACUCAUCUGAACCAUUUCAGGCCUGGUCUGGAUUUUAUGCCUCUCGGAACAUACUUAAAGGAAUGGCCCGGGGAGCAAAUUCUUUCCUUUAUGCUUGCGAAUCGCUUUUCACUUUGUAUCUCUUGAGAUACCCAUUGGGAUCUAUUGAUAAAUUAUGGGCUCUUGAGAAAAUUCAGCAUCUGAGGUGGGCAGUAUCAGAGGUUCAACAUCAUGAUGGUGUAACUGGGACAGAAUCACCCAAAGUGAGAGAUAUGUACAUGGACCACCUAUUGCGUGGGAUGAGUGCUGUGAAACUAUUAAUGGCCGCCAUAUUGCAAGAAGCACUUAAUGGUGGAAAGAAUAAACUUGAUGAUCCACUUCCUUACAGUCAAGACACCAGAAAUAGAGAGGAUGACUCUUUACAGAUCACAGUUUACAAUCCCCUUGGAUGGAACAUCACGACGGUUAUUAACGUCACUGUUGCUUAUUCAAUGGUCAACGUGUAUGACGGCUUGGGAAACGCUGUACCAUCGCAGAUUCAAAAGUCUGCGGGUUCAAACAGCACUUUUGACCUAUUCGUUCUUGUAAGGCUGGAUGCACUCGGCUAUCAUAGGUACAUAGUAAAAACAAAAAAUUCAACCUGCACCAAGGGACGAGAUGGCCAGUGUUCAGAAGGACAAACCUCAUACAGAGGGAGAGUGAUUACAUUCAACAGAAAACUGGUACGCAAAUUGAGAAACCAAGGCGGUCGACUACUCCGAUUGAUGAAUGAGUGCUAUUUCUUGACGUUCGAUGAGGAUACAAACUUGCUGCACAGCAUCACUGACAGAUCCUCUCAGAAGACUAUCAAGAUACAGCAGGAAUUCUUGGAGUACCAUGCUAACGGAGACAUCAGAAAGGGCCCAAUCUCCGAUAAUUACGUAUUCACAGCAAAUGGACCAGCAGUGUCUGUGUCGAAGUCUAUUGGAAUGGAACUAGUUAAAGGAAAUCUUGUCACUGAAAUUAGGCAGUACUUCUACAGCAAUAAUUCUGCCAUGGCAAAUAAUUACGAAUAUGCAAUAUUCACAAGGAUGUAUAACGUUCCAAAAGGUUAUGAUGGAUCACUGUUGUGCCGAAGAGUUGAGCAGGAGUAUAUGGUUGGGCCAUUAGAUUUGAACAGGGAAGCGAUUUUAAGGAUGACUACAGAUCUGAAAACAGAUAGGACCAUUUUCACUGACGGUAACGGUUACCAGAUGAUGAAGAGACAGUAUAAGAACUACUCCUACAAUACGUUGGCCAGAAACUACUACCCUCUGGUAAGGACCGCUUACAUUGAAGAAAAUGGCACAAGGCUCAUCAUAUUAUCUGACAGAGCACAUGGUAUUUCCAGUCAAGCUGAUGGGCAGAUAGAGAUGAUGCUUCAUCGACGAUUAUGGAACAACAAGGAAUGGAAUCUGGCCUACAACUUGACACUGAAUGACACCUCUGUUGUGCGUCCACUUUUCUGGCUGAUGUUUGGUUCAAAAUCCACAACUUCAUCCUUGUAUCAGAGUGGGAUGGCACUUGAGUUCAGGCCAGUCGUUGCGUUUGGGCCUACCUCAGGAAAUGUGGCACUUGUCCAAUCAAACAAAAUGCACGGUGAGACUGCAGCAAAUUCUUUCUCUCUCCCAUCAAACCUUCAUCUUCUCACACUCUCGGUGCCUGGAUGGCAAUACAAUUCAAACCACACGAAACACCUAGAAGAUAUUACUCGAGUUCAAGGUAAACAGUCUCAGCCAAAUUUCCGUCGGGUUCUGCUGAGAAUUCUGCAUUUAUAUGAGGUGGGAGAAGAUCCGGUGCUAUCCCAACCAGUGAGAGUCAACCUGAAGGAUUUGUUAAAGCCAUUAGGAACAGUGGCAUCUGUUGAAGAGCGGUCAUUGACGGGAAUCUGGAAUAUUAACACUCUCCAACGUUGGAAAUGGAGAACAUCACAGCAACAUGACAUGGAGUUUAACAAAGCUACAAGAAGACUGAAUGAAGAAUUCAGAGUCACCAUUCAUCCCAAGGAGCUGAGAACAUUCUUUGUGUAUUUUAAACAAUAAUGUCAUAAGUGAUAGGAGAAGAAUUGGGCCAUUCGGCCCAUCAAGUCCACUCUGCCAUUCAAUCAUGUCUCAUCUAUCUCUCCCUCCUAACCCCAUUCUCCUGCCUUCUCCCCAUAACCUCUGACACCUGUACUAAUCAAGAAUCUAUCUAUCUCUGCCUUAAAAAUAUCCACUAACUUUGCCUCCACAGCCUUCUGUGGCAAAGAAUUCCACAGAUUCACCACCCUAAUGAAAUUCCUCCUCAUCUCCUUCCUAAAGGAAAGUCCUUUAAUUCUGAGGCUAUGAUCUCUAGUCCUGGACUCUCCCACUAGUGGAAACAUCCUCUCCACAUCCACUCUAUCCAAGCCUUUCACUAUUCGGUAAGUUUUAAUGAGUAAUAAAAAGUGGCAUCUGAAAAUGGAAACAAACUGACCUUAAAAAAAGCUCUCGUUGUUUACGAAUAGACAAAAAUACAUCAAGGUGAAGUUUAUGCAGGCUUUAUCUAGAGGUUUAUAAUUUAAGAUUUUAAAACUAAUCUAUUUUUAAAACAUUUAUCUUGAAUAAUUUUCGUAUAUAAUAUUGUAUAUAAAUGUGAUUGUACCUUUAUGAACUGAGUGCAAGAUAUAUUGAUACAUGAUAGCGACACUUUCAUAUCUUUCGAUGAAUGUUGAUUGUUUUCAAUAAAGGCUGUUCUAUUUGUAA